AUCACAGAAAUAUGCCACGUGGAGGACAGUACAAGAUAUGACGUGCUUUGGGAGGCCUUGGCAUUUUUCUCGCAAACGUGGAAUUUUUAACGGAAAAGACGGUUUAAACAGUUUAAACGGCCAGAAGCGCUAACCAAUAAGAGAAUGACACGUGGGAACAAUACCGGCAAAAAUGGGAACGUAUAUAAAUCAGACGGGUAGGAGGAGCUGAGGGUCGGAUCAUUGCCCCUGUCCUUCCCAUCAAGGCCAGCCAUGGACCAACGCAGAGAGAGUAAUGGCUUGAUGUCUGUUCCACAAUUUGGAGGGUGGGAUCAAAAGGUGGGCGAUGCAACCGAUUACUCCAUGAUUUUCUCACGAGCUCGGGAGAAUAAGAAGCAAAGGAAAAAAACUGAUUUCAAUCCAUCCAACGGCAACGAAGAGCAGCACACCGUCGUCCCACCCCAACAGCAAGAUUCACCAUCAUCAGUGCAGAGAAAGAAGAGGAUUUUGAGCUACUUCAAGUGCUGUAUAAAGCCAAUUGAUCUGCCCAAUCAGAACCAUUGAUUUCCAUGAUUUUGGGUCUGUUUUGAAAGUCUGGAUUUCAUGAUUAUAGACACUUUGUAAAUCAAUGUCUGUAAACUGAUGAAGGCUUCUGUAAUCUAUGAUCUAGAUCUCUUUCUUGUA